UAAUCCUAGCUAGUGGAUCGAAGAAAUGAAGGGGAGUAGGGUUGAGGGCUUAAUCAUUUGUGAUUAACAAGGAUUAAUCAACAUAAGUGCACUCGCUAAUCACUGUGUCUGGCCUACUUUAAAACAUUCACAUUCGUGUUUAUGCAGUUAAUCACUUAAUCCUACUCCUUAUGGCUCAAUUCGUUUUGGGAAAAUCGUAUACAGAAAGUUGCUUAAGUUGCAGCUUAGGGCAAACCUAAAAGUGCACCUUUGAUGAAGUGGCGUCGUAAGAGUGGGCUGAUCUCAACAGUUCGCCAACUUUGACCAAAUUAUCAGUCUACUGUGACAGCAGCUCAUCACCUGCCGUUGUUUUUACAGUUUUACUGUUAUACGGAUCAUUCAACGACUGUAAAACUUAUAAUGUUUACCAGAGAACGAAGUUAAUAGGAUGAAAGGUGAUCAACCGAUAAUUCAUUUUAAAUCGUAUUAAUCCCGACUUAAAAUGAAUCUUAUCUCGAAACAUUUAUAGCAUUAUUACUAAAGAGCAUGUCACAUGAACACAGAAUCGUGAUAAAAUAUUGAGUUCCCCCAGGAAACAGCAUCGCGUGCACAUUGUGAAACAACAACAGUUGUUAAUGAUGAGACGGGAAAAUAAUUAAAAGCAAAGAAAACAGGACGGAACAGAAUAGAACAGGAGGAGCUUGGGAAGGAAGAAGAAAGUAAAGAAUAACGUUGGAAGGAUGCUCUGCUCACUCAGGUGGGCUUCCUCCCCUUUCAUUUCUCCUUCUCUCUCUCUCUAUCAAGCUAGCCGUUUUCUUCAUCUUUAGCUUCUCCUCCUCUCCUUCACUAAAACAAUCAGAAAGCAGAAAACUUUGAUGCCAAUACAACCUUCCCUCCUCCUCUCCCUCUCCUUUUCCAAUAUAGAUACAUUACCCACAUUUCCCUUUCACUCUACCUUUAAUAGGGAGAGAGAAAGAGUAGUCAGAGAAACCCUGAAGAGAAAAGGAAGGUCUUGACUCCCUCCUCUAAUCAUCAUUUAGACAGACAGAGACGUAGCAGCAGGGUUAGAGUUGUUGGGAGAAAAGAUAAACAAAAGAAAGAUUUUGAAUUUGGAAGGAGAGAAAAAGUUUGGCUGAUUGCUGUUGGAAUUUUUUGGGUUGGGAAUGGGAUCUUCAUCAGGGCAAGGUUCAGGUGGUGGGUAUGAUCUAUCAUUCAAGAUCCUGUUGAUUGGAGAUUCUGGUGUGGGUAAAAGCAGCCUUCUUGUCAGCUUCAUUUCCAGCUCUGUUGAGGAUAUUGCUCCCACCAUUGGUGUGGACUUCAAGAUCAAGCAACUAACUGUAGCUGGGAAGAGAUUGAAGCUCACAAUUUGGGAUACUGCUGGGCAGGAGAGGUUCAGGACUCUAACCAGCUCUUACUACAGAAAUGCCCAAGGAAUCAUUCUUGUUUACGACGUGACUCGGAGAGAGACAUUCACAAACCUCUCAGAUGUGUGGGCUAAAGAAGUCGAGCUUUACUGCUCAAAUCAGGACUGUGUCAAGAUACUUGUUGGCAACAAAGUUGACAAAGAUUCUGAAAGGGCUGUGACCAGAGAAGAAGGCAUGGAGCUUGCCAAAGAGCACGGAUGCUUGUUCCUUGAAUGCAGUGCUAAAACUAGAGAGAAUGUCGAGCAAUGCUUUGAGGAGCUCACCCUGAAGAUAAUGGAGGUUCCUAGUCUGUUGGAGGUAGGAUCUACAGCAGGAAAGAGGAACAUUCUAAAGCAGAAAUCGGAUCAACAAAGUCCUCAAAGCGGCAGCUGUUGCUCUUGAUGAUGUGAUUGAUGGAUUUAUGUAUAAUGGGUUUGUUGUUUGUUUGUUGUUGAAUGUUUGAUUCACUUUGACCCAAAAUCCAUCAAACUGAAUAAUGUAUAUGAGAUCAGGCAUUGUUUCUUUAUUUCUCUCUGUUUGUGAUUUCAAGGGUGCCUUUUGGAGAGUUUCUGAUUAGUUUGUAACAUUGCCAGAAAAAAGGGAGUUAGAGAUAGAGAGUGGACUAAGAAGUGUAACAUAUACUAGAUUGUGUACAUUUGGCUAUGAAUUCUACUUCUUGGUCAAUGCAUUCCAUUGGUUCAGUUAAUGCAUGCCAAUUGCCAAUCAUGUUUCUUGCUUGUUCCUUCCCAGUUGAGUGGGCAUGGAACUCCAUCAAUCAUGAGAUUCCUAGGACUUGCCACCAGCAUGUCAAGUUGAUGGUGGGCAACAAUUCAUUCCAAUCUGAUUUAAGUCAAACCAAAACAGUGAUAAAGUCGAUCUAAUCUG